AGGGUGGCGGGUGCAGCUACGAGUCGGGCGCCGCAGUGUUUGUCAGUCCUUCGUAUGGACAUCACGUUCGACGAGACUGAUAGUACCCACCGGUAUUGGCAUCCGUAUAUACGCGUAUACGCUUUUGGCGGCAUCCAUCAUCGUCGAUAGCCAGCAACGUCGAUCGCGCGUCAAUUCCGCCGUAGAUGAACCCGCGGUUGCACGCGCCUUCGCGAUCUCCGAUACCGUCGUCGUCGUCGUCGUCGUCGUCUCGCGCGUCUCGUCACUCAGUCCAGCGGACGAGCGGCGUCGCGAGAUUUCUCCGGACGGCCGAGAUGUGAAGACGUCGACUUGGAAGCGAUGUGGCUUCCGUUGGUGCUGCUCGCCUUGAUGGCGAGCGGUUCCGCCUGUCCAGAUCUCUGCGAGUGUCAUCAGAGUAAUAUCGAAAAGGACACACCGGUAUUGUCGGACGUUGCGUGUCGUGGACGCGUACCCGGCUUAUCGGAGAUACCAGUGGCAGCGAGGAGUUUGUCACUGGACAGCGUCGAAGGUUCCGAGAUCGCGAUCUUUUUCGACGAGCUGGAGGCUGCCGACUUGGCGGACGAUUUCGAGAUGACCGGUACCCUGGUGGACCUCGUGACGAACGACACAUCGGGGGAUGCGACGCGCGAGAUUCUGUCGUACUUAACCGAGUUCGCGGUGACGAAUUGUUCGUUGGUGUCUUUGAACGCGUCGUGGCGCGGUUUCGAGCGCUUGAGAGCACUGAAUCUGUCGUACAACAAUUUGCUGCGACUGAGGGACGUGCUGGUGAUUCGGGCGAUGAAUCUCAGCGAGCUGGCGUGCCUCGAUCUGUCGGCUAACUCGUUGUCAGACAUCAGUGUCGGGACCUUUAGGACGCUCGUCGGGCUUGUGAGACUGAGUUUACGCAAAAACGCGAUCAGCACGGUCGACGAGGACGCGUUUCGCGGCCUGGACCGGCUGGAAUUUCUCGAUCUGUCGGACAACAGGUUGGCGGACUUGCCGGAUAGCGCGCUCACGCCGCUAUAUUCCCUGCAGAAACUCGACCUCAGCGGCAACCAGCUGCAAGUUCUGGGCGCCAGGUGGUUCGAAAGUCUCGACAGAUUGAGAGAACUCGAUGUUUCGCGAAACGGAUUGGCCCGUGCGGCCUCGGGAACGCUGCAGCCGUUAUCGGGACUGUCCGUUCUGAGACUCGCGGAAAAUCCGCUGAGGGAGAGGGACGUAUCCUUACUAUUGGGUACCGGUAGACGACUGGAGACUGUGGACGCGUCCCGCACUGGAUUAGCGAGAGUCCCGGCCGCUCUCACGAGAUCGGUCAGGGCCCUGAGGCUCGCCGGGAAUAGACUGACUACCGUUCGUAGCGGCGAUUUGGACAGCUACCCCCUGCUACGUAUGUUCGAUAUCGCUGACAACCGUCUGGUGGAUAUCGAGAACGAUGCUCUAGGACGGCUGGAGGUUUUAGACGAGCUCGAUCUGUCCGGAAACGUUCUCACGAAGGUGCCCGGGAGUCUGCCCAGCAGCCUGACGGUACUGAAGCUCCAGCGAAACGCGAUAACCGCGCUAAAGCUCGACGAUCUUAACGGAUUGUACAAUCUGCGAUCGUUGAUGCUGAACGAUAAUGACAUCAGCGUCAUCGAGGUGGGCGCGCUCGGUCAACUGCCCCUGCUCGUGGAGCUCGAUCUAUCCGAUAAUCCUAUCAAAGCGUUACCAACUAAUACCCUAAGUGGACCCAGUAAUCUAGCCAAGCUCCGGAUGUCGGGUCUGGUGUCGCUUCAAGCACACCAAGAAGAGCAAAGUGAUAUGGCGUUCCCGAUACCGACGCCGGAGCGGCUGAUCAUGCUGGACGUGUCGCGAAGUCCGGUACUGGCGGGACAAUUAUUGGCGGACGACGCCGCGCUGUCCGCCUGCAAGAGCCUGAUAGAGCUGAAUCUGUCGGCGACCAACAUCAGCGCUAUCAGGUCCGACCUCGCGUACAUGCUGCCGCAGCUGCGCCUCCUCGGACUCGGAAGAAACAAUUGGGAUUGCACGGAGGAUCUUUACUGGUUGGGCGAGUGGGUGAGGCAACAUCGCGAGUCGAAGCAACGCUUUCCGGCGGCUCGAUGUGCCAGCCCGCGAGAACUAGCGGGGUUAUUUCUGUACGAGCUGCCGCCGUCACCGCGGCCGCCGUCGCCGCCGUCGCCGCCGCCGCCGCCGCUGCCGUCGAAUUCCGCCUCCGUAACUACCGCGGAAACUGUCGCGGCAAUCACUUCGGUUAGCCUGUCUGUCAUGUUCACGCUCGAACAUACGUCGCAUACUGAUCAACCGAACGUCACGGUGUCUUCCAAUAUCGACGACGCGAAUUCCUCCCACAACGUCGCGGAUCUUCCCACGCUGUCGUCCGUAACGUACGCGACGGCCGUGCCGAAAACGGAGGGUGCAGCCGAGAACUUGAACGUUCUCGCCGCGGAAGCCGCCCCGACACCGUUGGCGACGACGGCGACGACGGCGGCGGAAAAGCCGGUGCCGCGGGUCUACGAGGCGCCGACGUCCUUCCGGAACGUCACGUCGUCGAUCAUGGCGCGGACGAGCCGGGAGCCGAGUCGGAGGAGCGAUCAAACAAAUCGCGUUCUGACGAUGGAUCAGAAUUUAAUCAAGCAGCCUGCCAUCUCGUCGGCCUCGCACAGACGGAACAACCCCAAGCCAUCCGUUAUGGCAACGAAGGACGAGACGUAUUCGCAAACUUUUGAUAACCGGGCGGAUCGCGCGGCGCAAAGAAACGGAAAGAUGAGCAAACUUGCCGCGUCAGCCGGCGAGAUCAUCUCCCCGCCGGAGUCCUCCUCGCAACUCGGGCCUAAGCGCGGCGCGAGCGAGGGCGCGAGAACGCUCGAGAAGCAUCCGGCAGAAACGAGCAAUACGACGAAGGAGAACGCGGUGCUGGACGCUCGUGGCUCUAACACGAUAGCGGAGGAACUGAACGGCCGGGCGACCGAUUCCGGUGCCCGAGUGUCCGAGGCUCUAUCCGCCGGUGCUCAUCCCGGAAUGUUGGUAUUAGCCGGCGCGGCUCUGGGCGCCGUCGCGGCGCUCUCCGUCGUUCUCUCGCGUAGGGCAACGGUCCACCGGACCGACAGGUAUCACCGCCACGAGAACAUUGAAGUGCACACUCUGACGCCCACCACGGAACUUUGGUGACCAGAGUCGGAACACGUUCGUCUGUUCGAGCGAGACAGGCAGAGACUGGACUCCAGCAACCGCGACGGGGAAGCGGCGUCGGCGAUGCCUCGUCGACAGUCGACGAGGUCACGGCUGAUCGAUGUGUGCUUGAGGCAGAUCCUCAAGUAAUCGUUUUUAAUAUCGGAGUGAUCGAGGACGGGCGUGUGCAUCUUGUUAUUGUGAUGACGAUGGGCUCGCGCAAGUGGACCCGCUAAGAGCGCGACGGCUAAAGUGUUAAUCGGAAAGUUGGGAGAGAGGACCGUGGCUGCGGAAACCACGGAGUACGGACGAACGGCUGAACGUCGAAGUUGGGAACGAGAUACUCCUCGAGCUAAUCCGUAUCACUUCAGAAACCGCCAAUACGUCACGGAUUACGGAGCAAUAUCCGGAAAAAUAACAAAUUAUUCAAGCGUGACUUGGAGCCGCGAUCCGCGAACGAUCCAGGAGGGGGCAGUAUCGAGAAUCGUCGAAAAUCGCCAGUGCAUAACUAGGAAGACUGACUGACUGACUGACUGACUGUUCGUCACGAAUGUCUGACGGAUAUCAAAAUAUGUUGCCUGUAAAAUUUUACCCUCUGCGCUCUCUCGUGCCCGGCUUGUCAAAUCUUUGGAAAAAAAAAAAUAGUGCAUGGCGGUGAAAGGGAAAUUAUACACCCGAGUGUCAUCCGACCGACAAUAUGUGCAUGUGUAUUCGGUGAAAAUCAUUCGACGUUCACGACGUCGAGCUCCGCCGGCGACAGCGAAGAUGUCGCGCGCCGCUACCAAGACGCACCAAGGAAGCAAAAGCGAGGAGAGAGAGAGAGAGAGAGAGAUCGCCGCGCCAUUUCAUAUAAAUUCCGACGUAUACAAACACACAUCGGAAACUGUAACGCGCAACGUCCGCAGGGAAAUACCGAGCGUGUGUAUUACAAGCUAGAGACUCGGAGAAAAA